AUGACGAGCGCCAGCGCGUGCUCUCGACGUAUCGCAGAUAAGUUGCUCCAGCGAUGGACGCUCACCGCGGAGACGUGCCCGGUGGAACAGUGUCGUCACGUGCCACUCAUGCUCGAACGCUCGGACGACCCGAGUUGUAUGUUUUGGUGCCCGAGCGCGGAGACGUACGUCGUGGACGGCGCGCACGGCGCGCGCGACGUCUCGACGAGCGCGAGAGGGAGCGAGGACGGCUCCGCGGCGAUCGCUGACGAUCGGACGACGGAGGUCUCGGUCGAGACGCUCGGAGACGCCUCUGGCGCGGUGGCGGAGAAGUUGUUGAGCGGGUGGACGCUCACGGGCGACGCGUGUCCGAUGCCGGGGUGUCACACGCCGUUGGUGAGAAAUAGUGCCGGGGAGAUGUUCUGCGCGCGACACGCGAUGUACGUGCGAGCGGAGUCGGCGGUGUCGCGGCCGCCCGCGGGGACGGCGGCGGCGGCGGCGACGAACGCGAACGCCGGCGACGGACAACGGAGGAGCGUUCGCGGGACGAUGAUCGACGCCGACGUCAUUGCGUCGGAACGUCGCACAUUCGACGCGCUCGAGGCCAAGUUAGAGCGCGCGCGCGAGGCGCUCGAGCGGAGCGUCGAUCCGGAAGACACGAGGUCGUAUUUGAGACUCAUCGACGACUUGCACGCGUCCAUGAAGGCGCUUCAGACGUCGCCGCUGUAG